UCUAGCUGAAAUACAUAAAUAAGAGAGUAGCCCAAAGGUGGAGGCAAAUCAAGUUGGUAGAGGAUCAGGUGAACCAAGUUCUAAAAUUUUCUGUGAAGAAGAAUAUAAUUUAACAACCAUGGUGUCGAUCAGGGAAAUGGUACACAAGGGAUUGAUCGUGACGCUGUGCUUACUGGUGGCGUUCCAUGACUUAGCCGAUGCUGCACGAAACAGGAACAAACCGAGGAGAAACAGACUCAACAAACAAGUCAAAAGGCAGAGAAACUCGGAAUCAAACUCGGACAGGAUGGAAGGACGACAAACAGACACUUGCGCUGACCUGAACAAGAAGGUGUUGAAGUUGAAAUAUGACAGAGAAGUUGACUCGAAUAGUUCAGCCAGUUUUGUGAUGUGGCCUACGCCCGCACGGCCCAUCAGACACGGAGUUGCUUUCCCCUCACCUACACCCGCAAGGAUAAGCACGUGCCCCACUGUGCCGCUGGAACCAAACGUGGACGGUGACAGGUGGCCAAGAGUAAUCAUGGUGGCAAGGUGCGAAUGCCAACAUUGCUACCUUGGAUCUAGAGCCCAGAGAAUAAUACCGCAGACCAACGACAACGAAAACGAGAACUGCCCAGCCGAUGAGACCCCCAACCCAGCCGGCUACUGUCGGCCGAUCGAAAGGGACAUCGCCGUCCUGAGGAAAUCGGGCUGCGCAGGUGAUUUUGCGCAAUACACAUGGGGCACGGAGCGGGUAACUGUUGGAUGCGAAUGUGUGAUUGGGCCUAGGCCCUAAAGUAUUUCCACCAGUAAAUACAAACAUAAGAUAUGAAUUCCAAUGUUUGAGAUUUCUCCGGAAAUAUUCCCAAAAACUUUUGAUGAAAAUCGACCGUUUGAAAACGAAAUAUUGUACGUCUCUGUUGUCGUAUUGGGAAAUUGUUUACUGAAAUGCUUUUUGAUAAAAUAUUGAUAUAUUUUAUUGAAGAUAUUUAUAUAGUCUUUCACUGAAAGAUAGAAUCGCAGUACUAAGCACACCAAAGAAAAAAAUGCACUUUUUAUAUUAUAUUAUCUAUAGAAAUGAGAAAUUGGAUAAACAAUGUUCUUAUUUCUUUCAUCCGACCAACACAUAGAAAUGAAAAUAUCGCAGCUUAUCAAUUAUUAUUUUCUAUUUGUAACUCUCACUGAGAAAUUGAGAAAAAUACGAAUCAGUUAGAAUAACCAUAUUUCAUUUGGAAGUUGGAACAAACAUAAAUGCUUCGAAUGAAAAUUGGAACUGCGUAGAAACAAGACUUUCAUGUACCAAAUGACUAUACAUUAAAUGUCCAUUAAUUUAUAUUUUGGGGGUGCAAUUUGCUGAGAAAUAAUAAGACUAAUUUUUCAUUUUUUUCUCAAGAUUUUGAAAUUGGAUACCAGCAUGUAGUUUUCUUAUUCUGUUCUAUGUUUUCAAAAUUGUAUUCAUGAUUCGAAUCCCUCCGUGUUUUAUAUGUUCAUCUAUUUAUUGUCAUUUUAUAUAUCGUAUAAUCACAUCAAUCAUGAAACGAAACUGAUACAAAUUCCUGAUUUUUAUUGCAAGAUUUGAAUCACAUUUCGAAAAACGUGACACACUCACAAUCAUUCUCUUUAAUGUCGUGUAAAAAAAUCAUUAAGAAGUGUAAAAAUAAAAAUAAUGUUAGGCUUGUUGCUUUAAUUGUUUAUGAUCUUGUACCUUUUGAUAUUUAUCAGGAAUAAAUAUUUCGGCAAUAUCAUACUGAACACGAAAUUACUGACGCAAGUUGACAAAAGAAACAAGGAUCACCCGAACUUUAAAAGGAAUAAUUGAUUUUGCUUUUGAUUGGUGGGGUGGGGGCACUCACAAUAGUGUUAGUGUUCCAUAAAUGCAAACGGAACAUUCUGAUAUGGUAGUUGUUUUAGAUCUUUCAUGUUUGGUUUGAAAUUCACAUUUUCUCUUUCCAUCGUGUCAAAUUUUUGUAAGCUAUUUAUCAAUCACCUUGGUUGUUGCUGGUAAACAAUCUAUAUUUCUGUAUUACAAUGUGCCUAUGUUUUAUUUAUAUCAUAUAGAAAAUUUUUGUGUACAUUUCAUUAUUUUGUUCGCUUAUACAUCUCUGUACGAGAUAUGCCGCGUCGUUUUUGGCACGGAUUGAAAUAUGUUUAUAAAACACCAAAGUCAUUGGAGUUACUUAAGUAUUCACGUUUUAGUGGACUUAAAAAAAGAUGUUUAUUUAUUAAAUUAUAUUCUGUAAAAAAUCAUAAUGAUUGUGUAUAAAGGCAACGGGUCGUUCCUUUAACGUAAGGUAACAAAAUAAAAACAAGACAAACACAAACAUAUUGUAAGCCCGUGUCGGGUAUUUUACUUGAAAAUACUUCAAAGUUUCGAUUUUGUUUGUACAUAUAUUAUGAUUAUUUCUGAUAGUAUUUGUACAAACCGAUCUUUUGCUAAAACAACGAAAGAUGAGAGAAAAAUGUCAUUACAUUAUGUUUUGUUUGGUAUUCACCAUUGUUUUACAAGUUUCGAUUUUGUUUGUAUAACGAUACAGAAAAUGUGUAUAAUGCUAAAACAAAAGUAAAAAAAAGUUAUACAAAUAUAUAUGAAAUCCAAAGAAGAUACAAUAUAUCAUUGACAAAAACUGUACCGUUGUCAUUAACGCAGCUUUUCAAAUACUAUAAGCGAUACUAUUAAACCAAUAAAUUGAUAUUGUUUUAUUAUUGGCGAUAUCACGUGAGCCAUAAAAUCAUAGCAAAAUGCGUGCAUUCACUUUAAUGUUUUAUUGUGUUCAUAGAAUUUACGUAAGUUGGGAGGUGUCACUCUUUUGCACAAUAAUUUUUCUAUAUUUUUUGCACAUUAGUUCUGCCCAAGUCAUGUAGGUAUACGCGUUAAUUACGUUCUAAUUAUACAAAAUAGUUAUUGAACUGGUUGCGAAUUUGUAAAGUGCUUUCAAUAAUAAAUGAUACAGACAAAGGCAUCUCGUUAAGAAAUAACGUGAACUCCAAAUUUGAAGAGAAACGCAUUAUAUUAUCAUGAUUGUGCGGGGUUUUUCCAUUCCAGUUUGUUCAUCGUCAUGUCUGUACGUCUUUGAAUUUCUGUUAAUUAGUAUUUGGUGUAUAAAAUAUUUUGUUAAUGCCUUAGGGUGCUAUAGUAUAAAGAAACCCGAAUAUAUUGAAAUGGUUGUGACUUCGUCCUAUCAAUGAUAAAUAAUAAAAAUGGCAAAUGCAAAGCUAUCUUAUUACAAAAAAAGAUAAAGAUAAACGCAAAUUUAAAGUUAACGCAUUCAUACUUUAUCACAAGAUACUGUAUUUAAAAAAAAACGUGUUUUAAUAUAAAAAUUACAACUUCAUAUUUCUUAUGACAUGUAACUUAUUGCUGGUCUACUUUUUAAGUUUGAUUAAUAAUGUUAAUUUUCAUUUUUUUUAAAAAUACUUUCACGAUGUUAGAAAUUGCAUUUUGUAAUAAUUAUUGUUUAUGACAUGUAACUUAUUGCUGGUCUACUUUUUUAGUUUGAUUAAUAAUGUUAAUUUUCAUUU